AUGUUGUUCGAAGCUCUUGUGACCCUCCUGGCAACCACAAGAUCUACUAGCCUCGUUGCACAAUGGACCGGUGUGCGAAAAUUUCUUCCCCUACUUUCUGUGAAACGAUUCAAUGCCGUCGCUGGCUUCGGUGAGGAGCUUCUCUCUCGACAGAUGGAUGGUUGCAAGUCGUUCGAGGAUACAUACUGGGCGAAUUAUUGGACCAAAUUUGCGACAGAGCAGUUGGAGUGCUUCAAGGAAGAGCUAAAUAAAGCCGGUCUGCAAUUCAAUCAGGCCUGGCUAGACGAGAAUGCACCCCUGGCGCCAUCCCCAGAAGUCUUAUUAUUCCUCGGCAAAGGGGCCUCCCUUAUCACGCAGACGCCACCGGGUAUGACAGUCAAUGUGGGGAGGAUGAGUGCAGUGGUCGCAGCUGAAGACCAGGGCAGCUUUGCCGCUGUGGAAGCGUUACUCAAAAGUGUUGGUUACUUCUUCAUUGCAGCAUGGCCUGGUCAAACGCCGAUGCGCGACCGAGCAUACCGCACAUGCGAGAGACUCUUCGACAUCCUCCUCGACGCCACUGCACCGACAAUCGAUGUGAUAGUGGAGCGACAUACAGUCCAGACAAACGGCGAAGAUGUCAAGUUGUAUGCACUUUUACCAGCACCAAAAUCAGGCGUCACUGCUGUGAAGCUCCCGGGAAUUCUAAUCUCGAAUGGCCUUGAGGGCACCAACGUUGAGACUUUGAGCAGUGCGCUAAGGUCCCAAUCUUCUAUAUCGAGCUGUUUUUUCUUCAUGGAGAUGCCCGGCACGUAUGCCUACAAGAAGCCUAUGCGUAAGGCUACGUCUGAGAGCAUUUACUCAGAUGUUUUUACCUACUUGCAAUCGCACCCUUCUGUAGAUGCGUCACGGCUCGGGAUGAUCGGCAUUAGCUUCGGUGGCAACUGUGCCACACGAAUGGCCAUCGCAGAUAAGCGCAUCAAAGCUGUUGUUGCGAGCGGAGCUCCGUUGGGUCGGUCACUGAAACCGACAGCUUCAUUUGGCAUGCCCGAAAUAGUUGUGACAGCAUUCCACCAGGUCCUCGGGGCAAAUAGUGUUCGUGACCUUAAAGCCGCUCUCCAGGACUUAUCGCCAAAGAGACGCGACAUCGAGGGUAUUCAUUGUCCAGUCCUUGCCAUCAACGGUGACAAUGACACGCUUGUCUCAACUCAAGAUACUGUCGACCUUGCUGCUUGGGCGCCGCAUUCGGAGUUGUACAUCUACCCGAAUGAUGAUCACUGUGCGAUGGGGCAUCUUCACAAAUGGCUUGAUCUAUCCCGAACGUGGAUACAGGAUAAACUGGAGGGUUGA